GUGUUUCUAUCCUAGUCCUCACUGACGGACGACAGGCGGGCGUUGUUCGCUGCUGCGUUCGUUUGUGAGUGUGUCGCGUGCAUUCGGCCAGCGAGCGAGCUAGCUGGCAGCGAAGCAAACGUGUAAGUGAGAGAGUGCGUAAACUACUCCGAAAGAGACCAACACUACCGCGACAGCAUGGAACAGAGUGGCAGCGAGGAUUGUGGGAGCGGUUUGCAGUGCGUCCGAAGUGAUUCUGCAUUGAAAAUCGCGAUGGACGAACACAAGGUGAUACCAGACGUCAUCGACACAAUUCCCACUAACGUUAUUGAGGUGACCUACCAAGAGGCCCGCGUCAAUUUGGGCAACAUUCUCACACCGACUCAAUCGAAAGACAUCCCAAAGAUCUCGUACCCCAAUGAACCCGAAGCUUUUUAUACUCUGUGUAUGACCGAUCCGGAUGCACCUACCCGACAAGCUCCGAAAUAUCGUGAGUGGCACCACUGGCUCGUCGGAAACAUUCCAGGAGACAGAAUACAGGAAGGCGAAACACUCUCCGAAUACGUGGGAGCUGGACCUCCGAAAGGAACCGGUCUUCACCGGUACGUAUUGUUGGUUUACAAGCAGCCGGAAGGAAAAAUCAACUUUGACGAGAAACGUCUCACCAACCGCAGUGGUGACAAUAGAGCAAGCUUCCACAUUCGAGAUUUCGCGAAAAAAUAUAAACUUGGAGAGCCUGUAGCCGGUAAUUUCUACCAAGCUGAAUACGAUGAUUAUGUUCCCAAGCUUUACGAGCAGUUGAGCGGUGAUUAGCUCCGAAGCUGUCAACCGAACGAAGAUCUGAAUAAUUAUUAUUAUCGGUCAGAAAAGUUUAUUUUGCACCUGGGGUCCCCUCCAAUAUUGUUCGGGAGAAUAAAAUUGGCUCCUUCGACACUG